CCCGGCCCACGCCUGAUCCUCGACCCAAGGCACCAGAUCGACUUCACAAAGGGGCCAACAGGGCUGAGUCACUGGGGAACUUGAUUACGAGGCGAGCAAGUGCCCCCCCAAGCUCCAGGCUCGAUCAGAAGCUAUAAAUCUGGCCCUGCCAAUCCCCAAGCUCCGUUGGCGGACAGGAGAUUAUUCCCAGUGCUCACAUGUCGCGCCCAACAAUGACCACCACCCACAAUCACCCACCACCCACCGUGUGGCUCAUCGGAGGGGGAGUCGAAUCCCUGGUCGCUGCCUCCUGUUUGAUCAAUGAAGCCAGAGUCCCUGGCAAUCACAUCCGGAUCCUGGACUCUCGACGCCAGCCUCAGUCGACCACCAAGCACCACAAGAAGAAGACGUCCCACAAAGACACGGUCACCCUCCAGACCCAGUGUCAAGACCUGCCCUGUGCUUCGACACACCAGUCAUACCAGCCUCCAGCCCUCAACGCACCGCUCUCAUUCCCGAAGGAAGCCUGUUCGCUGCCAUGCAGUCGACAUCGCACCGAGGUCUUCAUGUCGGAGCCCAUCAACUUUCUCAGUCAUCUCGGUUGCAAACAGGUCUGGCGCAAGAACCGCAAGGAUGUGCUGCAUUUCCUCCUGCAAGACGAGGCGGAGUAUGAGGGAAUGAGCAUUCAGCGGGUGUUCGACGAGUCGUUCUUCGACUCCUACUUCUGGCGGCUAUUCUCCUCAAGUUUCGGCCUUCGACCCUUGCACUCUGCGGUUGAAUUCCACCGCUACAUCAGCAAGUAUCUGGACGAAGUCAUUGGCAACACCAUCCACGUCGCCGAUCCUCUGCCAUUCUCCCUGCGGAGGACCGUCCUUCGCCCACUGAGAGCCUACCUGCGGAACCAGGGGGUGCAAUUCCGCCACCUCCUGGUCACCGAUAUCCACUUCACCCCGGAGCGCGAGCCCAAGACCGCCUGCGGCAUCCAAGCCGUGGGCAAGCGCGGCGCGGUGCUUCUGCCCGUCCAGGCGGAGGAUAGGGUGAUCGUCACCAUCGGGUCUGCCGCGUCUGGCAUCUCGACGGGGAGCCCAGCCGCCGCGCCCCCGGCUUCCUCCACCAGAGCCGAAUUGCUCCUCGACCCCAGCUGGUCGCUGUGGUUCGCCCUCGCCCGCAAGUCCUCGCAGUGCGGCAAUCCCUCCUCCUUUUGCACCCACCUGCCCGACUCCCGUCUGGGGAUGUUCGUGAUUCACCUUCCCCGCGCCGACUUUGACGCCAUUCACCGACGCAUGCUGCCCACCAACUCCUCCUCCGCCGCCGCCGGAGGACGAACCGAUGCCUCCAUCACCCACAGCCCCUGGACCUUUAAGCUCAUCUUCUCCGCCGACGAGCCCUCCCCUGCCAGCACUAGCAGGAAUCCGCCCACCCCCUACCCCUGCAUCCUCGGCUACGGCUUCACCCCGGACACAACAGGCCACCACAUCCAGAAACCCAUGCACGCGUGCAGCGGCGACGAGAUCCUCGCCGAACUCCUGGGCUGCCUCGACCUGCCCGCGGACCCCAUCAUCCGCACCGCCCGCGUCAUCCCCUACACGCUCCCGCUGGGGCUCUCACCGCUGCUGCAGCGCGGACCCGGCGAUCGACCGGCCAUCACCCCCUCCGAUCUGGCGAAUGUCGCGCUGGUGGGCCAGUACGUCGAAGUGCCCGAGGAGACGGCGCUGAUGACCGCGUACAGUGUGCGGUCGGCGCAGCUGGCGGUGCAGCGGCUGGUGGGGGCGCCCACGGAGACGGUGUCCGAGGUGCAUAAGUCGUUUUUGGCGGCGAGGUAUGGACGAAAGGGGGGGGUUUCAGCGAGAUGAGUUGCUUUUGGGGUUGGUUGGAUUGAUGCUGUUUCCAUUAUGUGGUCAUGAUGAUGAUGAUGUGAUGAUGAUGUUCUGUUCGAAGUAAUCUCGUUGGUAC